AUGCAACAUGCCUGGUUCGGAUACGGUGUUUUGAGGAGCCCUUAUAAAGAUGAGGACCAGAACUCCGUUGGGGGUCGGAGUGGCUUUUCUCAUCCCCCUCCUCCCCACCCCCUGUGCUCCUUCAAUAACCCCGUCCUUCUCUUCGGGCUUUUGAGACUGCAACAGAUGUUCGGGGAACUGGAGCAUCUCAAUACGAGUCAAAGGAUCACCGUGAGCAUUGUGAAACGCAUCCAGAGUGUCAAUGAGACUCUGGACUUCCUCCGAUCCCUCGAAGGCAAUAAUCGGGAGAGCAGGAAGUACGUAGUAUUGGACAGUUCAGCAGAGAAGGCAAGGCAGCUCAUCAUUCAACACGUGAGGGACAUCAGCCUGGGUCGGAGGAAUUACCAUUAUCUUCUCAGUGGUUUGGUGAUGGAUGAUCCAUGGGAUUCGGAAGUGAAAGAGUUUGGAGCCCUGAACAUCACCGGGUUCAAACUGGUGGACUCGGAGAAAGUCCAGAGGCUUUUAGAGAACGAGGAUUGGCGGAAGGUCAUCGCCAACAUCGGCAUGCAAUCCAUUUCUGCGGAAGCGGCGAUGUUGUAUGACACGGUGUCUGUGCUGGAAGGGACCGUGGAUAGCAUGUCGAAGAAACCCUUUUUCCUGGGACCCAGAAACCCCGAAGGAAAAGGCCACGCCUGCUUCGGCUCCUCCGAUCAUGUCGUUCCAUGGGAAUUCGGAGAAAAAUUCUCGACGGAAAUGAGAAAAGUGAAGCUAAGCGGUUUGACGGGAACAUUGAGCUUCGACAAGAACGGGAAACGAGUCGGUUUCUCACUGGAUGUCGUCGAGAUGACCAUCCAUAGUGAACUCGCCAAGAUCGGAAGUUGGUCGGACGAAACGGGAUUCUCGAUUACACCAGUGAACAAGAAGCGACUGCAGAAGCCAACAUUCAUUACUGCAAACAUGACGCUGAUCAUCACCUCCAUUUACAGUCUCCGAUCUGAGACAGGGGCGUUGAGAGGCGACAUCUGUGUCAUAGUCAGCAUCCAUCGUUAUUCUCCAGAGAUCCGGGGGAGGGCGGGAAGGAGGAUUUGCUUCGUUUUUGGUUUCUCCAAUAGAUGGCAGACUUGCGGGCACAGUGUUUGCAUCUUCUCCUUGUCUCUUGGUACGAUCCUACUUUUCGCAUUUCAGGAAGAGCCGUAUUUGACGUUGAAAAAGCCAGAACCAGGAGAAGUGCUGGAAGGAAACGACCGAUAUGAGGGAUAUUGCAAGGAUCUCAUGGACCUCAUUGCUGAAAAGAAGGGGUAUCAGUAUGAGAUUCGGGUGGUGAAGGAUGGGAGAUACGGAGCGAAAAAGCCGGAUGCCCCUGGGGGCUGGGAUGGCAUGGUCGGGGAACUCAUUCGACACGUGAGUUCCCUUCUCAUACAUGUAAUCAAUCACGAAGCGAGACCAGAGGCAGACGUAGCCGUGGCUCCAAUGACCAUCACACACGACCGAGAACGAGUGAUUUACUUCACGAAGCCAUUCAUGAACCUGGGAAUCAGUAUCAUGAUCAAGAAGCCUGCCCGCCAGAAGCCCGGGGUUUUCAGUUUCAUGAGCCCCUUCUCCAAGUCGGUGUGGCUUUCCGUCGGACUCACGUUCUUGGUCGUGUCUUUCGUCCUUUUCUUGGCUCAACGAUACAGCGUUGUGGGUUGGAGGAGACAAACGACUCGGUCCGGGCGGGUCCUUCUCAUCAACGACUUCAAUAUUCGCAAUAGCAUGUGGUUCUCCCUCGGGGCCGUGGUGAAGCAAAGCAACUGGCCAAUGCCAAGUUCAUUUUGGCACACACGGUACUUUAUACAUACUGUACGUGUGCAGGAGGCGGACAUAGCGAUUGCCCCGUUGACGAUCACAUCCGAAAGAGAACGAGUGAUCAGCUUCAGCAAGCCUUUCAUGUCACUGGGGAUUAGCAUCAUGAUCAAGAAGCCCGUGAAGCAAAAUCCAGGGUUCUUCAGUUUCAUGAAUCCCUUGAGCAAAGAGAUCUGGAUGUGCGUGAUCUUCGCCUACGUGGGUGUGAGCAUCGUCCUUUUCUUAGUCAGUCGAUUCAGCCCCUACGAAUGGAGGAUCGAAGAAACCCUGGCAGGGACGAAAGUCGUCAAUGAACUUUCCUUUAGAAAUAGCCUCUGGUUCUCCCUCGGGGCCUUCAUGCAACAGGGAUCCGAAAUCUCUCCAAGGUCUGAGCUCGAAGAAAUGUAUUUUCUCACAAUGCUUUUUCCUUGCUUUCCCAUCAUCCCCGAGGAAUUGGGUUUUCGCCGGUCGACCUCGGGUCGGAUCGUGGGUGGAGUGUGGUGGUUUUUCACCCUGAUCCUCAUUUCCUCGUACACGGCGAAUCUAGCCGCGUUUCUCACCGUGGAAAGAAUGGUUACCCCCAUUAAUUCUGCAGAUGACCUCGCACGACAGACCGACGUGGAAUACGGCACCCUUCGAUCUGGAUCCACCCAGGAAUUUUUCCGGGUGAGCUCUCUUUACCAUCUCUUCCUCAGGUCGAGGAUAGCAGUGUAUCAACGCAUGUGGGAAUUCAUGAGUUCCCGGAAACACGUCUUCUUAGACACCUACGAUGAAGGGAUCGCACGCGUCCGAAGCUCGAAAGGGAAGUACGCACUCCUCGUCGAGAGCACCAAAAAUGAUUACAUCAACGAACGAGCACCUUGCGACACCAUGAAGGUCGGUCGGAAUUUGGACGCGAAGGGAUACGGCGUCGCUACACCUCUCGAAUCACCCCUCAAAGACGAGAUCAAUUUGGCGGUGCUGGAGCUGAAGGAGAACGGGGACUUGGCCCGAUUGGAGAAUAAGUGGUGGUACGACCGGAGUGAAUGCAGCAGCAAUGACAAAACCGAAACGAGCCAGAAUGAGCUGAACUUGGGGAAUGUGGCCGGGAUAUUCUUCAUCCUCAUCGGGGGCCUCGUUCUUGCCCUCAUCGUCGCCUUAAUGGAGUUCUGCUACAAGUCUUCCGUCGAGUCUCGCAAAGAAAAGGUGAGCCUGUCAGAAGCGAUGAAGAGCAAAGCCAAGCUGUCCAUCACGGGAGGAAAAGAGAACGAAGAUGGCCGGGUGGAAGAAAGCCUCAGUCCACACGUCAUCUAUGGGCCUCGAAGGAACUCGACUUACAGCAAUGCUCAUACACAAGUAUGACACGAGGAGACCCAGGACAGCAUCAUUCUGUGAUACCAAUUUUUUUCCCAAAGUGAUCAUGAUGUAAUGCAUGUGAUACCGCCACAUUCCCUCUCUGAUGUCGGGUGAUGUCGGGUCUCCAGUGUCUCUGCGGUUAGAAGGAUGGGAGAGGGUACUUAUCUCGUGCUAUGCUGAUGAUGUCGUGAAGUGUGUGACUGAUUAUGAGGGAAAUAGGACAUGUAGGGAAAAAGAAUUUGUAGUUCUUUUUUUUAAAUCGGACGUUCUUUUGGGUUUCUUUUUUUUUCGCCCUUCAGACUGGAAAUGAUUUACGAGAGAUGCGAGAAUAUUGCUUCCCUCAUCCCUUGGGUAACAUAGAAUCUUGAGAUUCUCUUCCUCAGCUUUUCCUUUGGGAUCCAUCCUCGCAUGAAAAAGAAAAGAGAAAAACCCCAACACUCCUCGCUCCGUCUCUCUUUUCCCCCCAUCUCCGCAUUCCCUUCAAUAUAUAUUUGGGACAUAACCCAUAGAGAUCCAGGAUCUGACAUUUACACCAGUGCCCUGCAUGUAUAUAUCUUCAGUGAUGCUCAGUCAUGUCGAAAA